AUGGCACUCGACGCCGCCGAUGCUCAUUUCAUGGAUGAGCUCUUUGCCGAUCUCGAUGCCUCCCAUUUCUCAAUACCCCCGUCACAAAGCCCGCCGAAGAAGAAGCUGAUAUGUACUCCGCCGUUGUCGCAAGAGCUAAAGUUCUCCCCGCAUCCCAGAGACACUGCGCCCGUCCCAUCCUCAAGACAUCCCAGGUCUCCACUCAAGAACUCCACACGCUUCCAGUCACAGCCAAAGAUCGAGCGCGACCUCGAAGAUUGGUUCAGACCUUCUGCAGCUGUGUCCAAGAGCCCAAAUCGUCGUGUCGUAUCUGCCUCUGGCAUCAAACGUCAGAAGGUUGAACAUUCCAGCACUCUGUCGACGCCAUCGUCGUCUCCAACAAAGCGCAUAGCAACGGCAUCGAGCGACGCUGCAUCCACCAGACACAUUCAAUCCACACAAAAAUGCAUGUAUACGCGUGCCCAUGUAGUGGCCAUCGUAGACAGCUCAUACGAGGUCGCACCGGAUGGCCCGAGCUCAUCAAAACGGACGCGACCAGAAAAAGUCUUGGUCCUCGAAACCGACAAGCACAGCAGCAACAUCAAUCAGACCAGCCCGUCCAAGAAGAGUGAAAGCCAGCAUCGUCAGCAACAGCAGUCCGAGACUCUGCUCGCUGCCCUCCGCGACGAUUGGCUGCAAACCCUAGUCUCCGUCGGCAGCAUCGUUCAUUUGGUGGGUCAAUUCGAGCAAGAGACCAGCAAGAUCCCGGUUGAUUUAGAUGAGCCAGACAACAGCGUCAGCCGAUCCAAGCAGGACCGCGAAAACGUGCCCGAGAUCGAAGUGGCGAUAGAUCGACCGGGAAAAGAGCAAGUGCAGCCGAUUGCAGCCCCUGCUUUGGACGACGAUGACGAUGAUGAUCUCUGGGAUGACGUAGCAUCUAUGCCUUCAUUAUCUCAAUGCGCCACACAAGAGCUUCUCGCCUCGGACAAUGCACCACGAGCUAAGCUGAUGAUCUUUGCCUCCCGUUCCGCCGCCGUCAAAGGUGUGGAUACGGCCGAUCAUGCGCUUGGCAACCUCCUCGUGGUCCAUCCGGAUGUCCUCGUACCGGCGACCAAGGUUGCUGACGUCGCCUCGUGCAUUCGCAAACCUGUCGUUCAGGACCGACUGCGCGGAGCGUCCGAUGUCACGCUCAGCCUCGUCAUGGGCAACAUGCUCCACGAAUUGCUCCAAGCGUGUCUUACGGCAUCAUCAGCAGGGACGGAGCGUGCCAUCAAAUCGAUCGAGACUGUCACAUCGGAACAGGCAGAGCCCCCUCUGUCCCCUUGGCCAGAGCAAUGGCAAGGGAUCGGCAACUUCAGUAGAUACUUUGUCGAACAACAAGUCGAGCAGCAGGUGCGCUCCAACAUCGAGAGCUUGUACGCCAUCGAUCUGAGCGCGGACAACGCCGCCAUUCAACUGCGAGAAAAGGCAGCUCCUUUUGUGCAUUUUGCUCGGACCUUCCUGUCCAAAGACGAGAGUGCAGCAUUCCAUGCAGAAGCGACGCUGCGAGAAUCAGGCCGCUCUUCAACAGGAUCUCAGGCGAAGGUUCGUCUGCGGCGGAUUCUGGACGUCGAAGAAGAGAUAUGGAGCCCGGUCUUUGGUCUGAAGGGUAAAGUGGACGUCUCGGUCGAGUGCGACAUUCUCGAAGCGCCUGAGUUAUCGGCUACCAAUUCGGCUGCAGCUCCCGGCCGUCAAAGGCACGCCUUCUUGCGUGGUGAUCAAGGAAGUCCAACAGAAGGCCUUUCAACAGGACGCGUCACCACGUCAGUGGUACCUCUAGAACUCAAGACGGGCAGAGCAGAGCUCGUGUCGACAGAGCAUCGUGCUCAGACCAUGAUGUACACACUCAUGAUGUCGGAUCGAUACGGAGUGCGCGUCAACGAUGGGCUCCUCUAUUACUCUAAGUCUGGCGAGCUGCAUCGCAUCAGCCGCAGUCGAAACGAAGUGCGUAGUCUCAUCAUCGGACGCAACGAGCUUGCUCACUACCUUCGGCACGACACGAGUCGUCUUCGCAAGUCCGAGCUCACUGAUCCCACAGAAGAGCCUGUUCAGGUAUUGCCGCCUACCAUCGACAGUGAACACAAGUGUCGCCGAUGCUACGCCGUCGACGGAUGCAUGCUCUUCCGACGUGCUGUGGAAAACAUCGUCGAGCCCUCUGAAGGCAAGCUCGCAGAUAUCGAGGGUCGCACUGCAUCAAAGACCGGCAGGAGGUUGUCGAGAAGGACACCCAUCGCCGAUGUCUUUGAGCAAAAGACGGAGCAUCUCACCGACAUCCACCUCGACUUUUACCGCAAGUGGGAUCGAUUGCUGAAUCUCGAGGAGGAGGACGCCGUCCGAUUCCGCAGAGAGAUGUGGACGAUGACUGCCGAGCAGCGUGAGAAAGUCGGGCGAUGCUUCGGCAACAUGCGUCUCGAAGUUACCUCGAAGUCCCCGUCGUCGCCCGAAACACCCUCGGCGGCGAUGAAGAGAGUCGUGCAUCGCUUUGUUCGUCAUUACGACCCGACUCAGAAUGCGAAUGCCGGUCUUCUUUCUGGUCACAUUACCAUCAACGAUCCAGUAACCAUCUCGAUCGAGCCUGAUAUGCUUUCUGUGGCUCAAGGCUUUGUUAUCAGCUUUACGCCGACAAGCGUCGAGAUCGGGCUGGACCACCCGCUCGAUGCGGCCAUGCGGCGGGCAUUGGCGAAGAUCGACGCUAGUGCGCUUGGAGAGCCGUUCGACGUUGCAGCUGCUGCGGAACGAAUCGUGUUCCGCGUCGAUAAGGACGAGCUAGGCAGUGGGAUGGGUCGCAUCCGAGCGAACUUGGCCGCAUUGUUCUUGACGCCCCAGAGGGGCGGGGACGUCAAGCGUCGCGAGCUUGUGGUCGACAUGCGGCCUCCGCGCUUCCUACGCUCGGAGGACGCCUUUGCUGGGCAUUCAGGGCAAAGCUCAUUCCAGCAAGUCAUCGAUCGAGCCCAUGCGGACCCGAGUCUCAAUGAAGAUCAGAAAGUCGCGAUCGACAAGGUUCUCACAGCUCAAGACUAUGCUCUCGUGCUUGGCAUGCCGGGAACGGGAAAGACGACAACCAUCGCCAAGCUGAUCGAGCUGCUGGUCAAGCUGGGCAAGCGUAUCUUGCUGACGAGCUACACGCAUUCCGCCGUCGAUACCAUCCUUCGCAAACUGGGCGAAGACGAGAGCAAGGAGAAGGACAGCUGCAUGCGCAUUCUGCGACUCGGCAGCAAGGACAAAGUGCAUCCGGACGCUCAUCGAUUCCUGCUUCCACGCUGCUCGUCUCUGGACGAACUCAAGGACGCGUUUGAAUCGCCGAACGUGGUCGCUGCGACGUGUCUCAGUGUGCAUCAUACCUUUUUCUCGUCAGGGCUCGCGAAGAGGAUUCGCGCGAGGAGCAACGGUGACGAUGCUGGAGAGGUGUUGCCCACGUAUCUAUUUGACUACUGCAUCGUCGACGAAGCGUCGCAGAUCCCGCUUCCGACCUGUCUCGGUCCGCUGCGAUUCGCGGACAAGUUCGUACUGGUCGGUGAUCAUCAUCAACUUCCGCCUCUGGUCAAGAAUGCACAGGCAAAAGAGGGCGGUCUGGACAUAUCGCUUUUCAAGCUGCUGUCGGACCGUCAUGGUGCCGAGGCGAUGGUGGCGCUACGAUCGCAGUAUCGGAUGAACGAUGACAUUAUGAGGUUGUCGAACGAGAUGGUAUACGAUGGGCAGUUGAGGGCUGGAAGUGAUGAUGUCAGGGAUCGCAUGCUGACGCUGUGCGACAUAAAUGCAGCGCUGAAGCUUGCUGGUGCGGAUCAAUGGAUGGCUGAUCUGCUUCGACCCGAGGCAAAGGUAAGGUUGUUGGAUACGUCAAAGCGUAUGCUCGAGGAGGUAGGGGAGAGCAAGCAUGGCGAUUUGGUCAAGAACCACUUUGAAGCGGAACUGAUUGUCAGAAUCGCCUCGACGCUGAUCGCUGGUGGAUGCAGGCCGGAUCAGAUCGCUGUGGUGACACCGUAUCGUCAACAGCUGAAGCUCUUGCGUUUGCUGCUCGACAAGACCACGGGGUUGGAUGCGAUCGAGCUUCUCACAGCGGACCAGAGUCAGGGAAGGGACAAGGAUGUCAUCCUGGUCAGUUUCGCCCGUGCGAAUUACGCCUGCACUACAAACGACGGGAAGGGUGGUAAUACGGGCGAGCUGUUGAACGAUCUUCGACGACUCAACGUCACGCUGACGCGUGCCAAGAGGAAGCUGGUGCUGGUGGGUCAUGUGGCGACGUUGGAAGGGUCCAAGGUGGUGAAGCCUCUGUUGAGGUUGUGCGAGAGAGAGGGGUGGACGAGGUGUAUUUGA